AUGGGAGUGUGCACGGUGAGUUGGAAUCUGGUUCAGUCCAAUCUUCAGAGUCAUGAUCUGGAUGUUCGAGUUGUGGAUGUGGAGCCUCCAAUCGGACAUCCGAAACCUCUCACAAAAAGGGAUUCUGAUAUGAAUCUGGUGCCCGGAGAUGCAAUGCCGACCCGUCUGUUUUACACAGAUGAGGUGGGUAGGUGCAGUUCGAGCAGCAGUACAAUUGUAUUCAAGUCCGAGUUCGAGCGCGAGCGGUUCAUGUUGGUGGCGGCGACGAACAGUGUGCACGAUCUUCCAGGGAAAUUGUACAUCGUCGAUGUGGAUGUGCACAGUCGAGACUAUGGCCAGGCAUGUCAUUAGCUUGUCUUCCUUUCAUAAUUUAGUCUUGCAGAUUGUAUCUGAGAUUCUUCUGACCAAAAAUGGCGACGAAUUCAUGUACACAAAUUGGACGAGAUGCUCUAGUUUUGCGAAUGAAGUGAGCAAAACCAUCAGAAAUUACAUUGUCAUCCCUUGUUUCAACACAUCCAGGAUCUACGUUGUCGGGAUUGAUGAUGUUUUGCAAAUGAGGAUAGCCAAGGUAAAAGAGUUCUAGAAUUGUCGAUUACCUGUGUUUUGUUGCAGAUAAUAGAGUUGGGCGAGCUGGGUGUCCGGGACACCUCCAUGCCUUUGUUCGUCCAGUCCACGCCCGGUCGGGGUGCGCCCGUUUUCUUCUCUUGUUUAGGCGAUAAACAUGCUUCCGCCAAAGGUAAGACCACAGAACGGAUCGUUUAUUGGUUUAGGGACAAUCCAGAGACUGGAUCGACGGUUAUUCACAAUCGUUUCGGAGAAUUUGGAAGAAUUAAAACCCGAUUUUACAAGUUUUGGAGGUAUCUUUGCAGUCCAUGUGCCACAAAACUUUAUCAUUUCAACCGAAUGGGGAAUGUUUGCACAUAUCUUGAUGGGAAUGCAGUAUGAUAAUGCGGAGAACAGUAAGAAAAAGUAAAUAAAAUAUAAGCGAUUUUCCAGUUUACGGCACAUCUUUAAGUGUUUGGAAUUUAAGAGACCGAAAAGUGAGACAGAAGAUUGAUCUGCCAGAAUUGGACGGCCAAUUCCCCAUUUGUAUUCGCUUUAUCCACAACCCCGAACUUAUCCAUGCAUUUGUGAUCACUGCCAUCGGUGGGGCCAUCUUUCAUUUACAUAAAAAUUCGGUAAGUUUGUCCUUAAAUUUCACGAACUGGUAGGGCGAAGAAGGUCGAUUACUUGUCGGGUUACUGUAGUUGCGCAAUAUGGCACAACUUUGUGUGACCUAUUAUAUGUUCCAAAAAGUCUCUUGCAUCGCAUUCUUACGUUUUUUGACAGGCAAAAAAAUCGAGUUCUUCUGUUUGAAAAUACCUAAGAUGAACAUGAUUUACGUGAACUUUUAGAUAACCGACAUCUUCACAGCCCGCAAAGCCUUCCAAUUUCCUAUUGCUCAUGUCACCGGCUGGACUAGAGAAGAGAUUCCGGCCGUUCCCGUGGACAUUGUCAUCUCCAUGGAUGACCAAUACAUGUAUGUAUCGUGUUGGCUUCAAGGAUUUGUAGCCCAAUUCAACAUCACCGAUCCCUUCAACAUCACCCUCACCCACAAAGUAGGGCCAAUUAUUACGGCUUGGACGAAUAAUUCAAUUCUUGUUUUACAGAUUUUCGUCGGCGGCAUCAUUCAUAAAGAGUUGGAUGUCAAAUUAAUACGAAUUUCGACUAUAGUAAGUGCACGGAGGGAGUCAUAGCAUCUUUUCAUAGAAUUUUAUGCCGGAGCGUCGGAAGGUGAAACAAACAUUUGUGGAGGGGGGUCCCGCUCGACUUCAGCUGAGUCUGGACGGACGCCGUUUGUACGUGGCCAACUCGUUCCUCCGCUCCUGGGACGAGCAGAUUUACCCCAAUUUGGGCAAGAGCGGUGGUCUCGUCUUGCUGAUUCACAUCAAUGUCAAUGGAGCCGGAGCCAUGCACUUCGAUGAAGGGUUUGGCAUCGAAUUCAAACGCGAUGACGGGGUCUAUCUCCCCCGGGAAAUGCGCUUUAUGAACGGGGACUGCACUUGCGAUGCCUUCCAGUAA